AGGACCCAUCUGUUUAUGGACCCAUAUUUGCAAAACCUAACUAUUCAAUGUCUUUGUUUCACAGGGGACAUCCCUAAUCGUUGCUCUCUCAGUGGGAGGGGCUUAUCAUCUGGGGAGCCUCAACAACAUCAUGAUGCUGACAAGAAAGAGAAGAGUCUCUCCAGAUCAGAACACUUUAAACACCAGCAUAGAGGUACAGGGAAGAAACCUCACCACUGCUCUGUCUGUGGGAAGAGUUUUGAUAAACAAGACUUGACUAUUCAUGAGCAAAUUCACACUGGAGAGAAACCGUUCCACUGCUCUCAGUGCGGGAAGAGUUUCACUGCAUCUAAAACUUUAAAAUCUCAUCAGAGAAUUCAUGCAGGGGAGAGGCCUUACCCCUACUUUGAUUGUUUGAAGCAUUUCUCACAAUCAGGAUUCCAGACUACACAAAAACACACAGGACCGCCUUAUAGCUGUGAUCAGUGUGGGAAGAGCUUCAAUCAAUCAGGAACCCUGACUAUACACCAGCGCAUACACACAGGAGAGAAGCCUUAUAGCUGUGAUCAGUGUGAGAAGAGUUUCAGGACGUCAGAUCACCUGACUAUACACCAACGCAUACACACAGGAGCGAAGCCUUAUUGCUGUGAUCAGUGUGAGAAGAGUUUCAGGACGUCAGAUCACCUGACUAUACACCAACGCAUACACACAGGAGAGAAGCCUUAUUGCUGUGAUCAGUGUGGGAAGAGCUUCAGUCGAUCAGGAGACCUGACUACACACCAACGCAUACACACAGGAGAGAAGCCGUAUAGCUGUGAUCAGUGUGGGAAGAGCUUCAAUCAUUCAGGAUCCCUGAUUAUACACCAGCGCAUACACGCAGGAGAGAAGCCUUAUAGCUGUGAUCAGUGUGGGAAGAGCUUCAAUCAUUCAGGAUCCCUGAUUAUACACCAGCGCAUACACACAGGAGAGAAGCCUUAUAGCUGUGAUCAGUGUGAGAAGACUUUCAGGACGUCAGAUCACCUGACUAUACACCAGCGCAUACACACAGGAGAGAAGCCUUAUAGCUGUGAUCAGUGUGGGAAGAGCUUCAAUCAAUCAGGACACCUGACUAUUCACCAACGCAUACACACAGGAGAGAAGCCGUAUAGCUGUGAUCAGUGUGGGAAGAGUUUUACUCAAUCAGGAGACCUAACAGCACACCAGCGCAUACACACAGGAGAGAAGCCGUAUAGCUGUGAUCAGUGUGGGAAGAGCUUCAAUCAUUCAGGAUCCCUGAUCAUACACCAGCGCAUACACGCAGGAGAGAAGCCUUAUAGCUGUGAUCAGUGUGGGAAGAGCUUCAAUCAAUCAGGAUCCCUGAUUAUACACCAACGCAUACACACAGGAGAGAAGCCAUAUAGCUGUGAUCAGUGUGGGAAGAGCUUCAAUCAAUCAGGACACCUGACUAUUCACCAACGCAUACACACAGGAGAGAAGCCUUAUAGCUGUGAUCAGUGUGAGAAGAGUUUCAGGAUGUCAGAUCACCUGACUAGACACCAGCGCAUACACACAGGGGAGAAGCCUUAUAGCUGUGAUCAGUGUGGGAAGAGCUUCAAUCAUUCAGGAUACCUGACAACACACCAGCUCACACACACUGGAGAGAAACCUUACUCUUGUCUAUGUGGAAAAAGCUUUGCUCAUUCAGGGACACUGAAAAAACACCAGAAAUCACAAACAUGUUUUCUUUCAUCUCCCUCCUCUCUGGCACCGUUUCCAGAUCCCUAAAUAAAGUUUCAAUAGAAAACAUA